AUGUUGAGACAAACCAUUCGUCUUGCCAAGCCGGCUAGAUACUUCUCUACCUCCAUCAUUGCCAGAAAUGCAUCGCAGACUCCAAAGGAGUUCAAGACUGCUAAGAACCUCAGCGAGGUCACCGACAAGUAUGACCUGAUUGGUCCUGGUGGUCAACCGGGUACCGUUCCUACUGACUUGGAACAGGCCACCGGUCUCGAGAGACUUGAGCUGCUUGGUAAGUUGGAGGGUAUUGAGGUUUUCGAGACCGAGCCACUUGACUCAUCCAGAAGAGGUACCCUUGCCGACCCAAUCGUUGUGAACUCCUACGACACCUACAGAUACGUUGGAUGUACCGGUUCUCCAGCUGGAUCUCACGAAAUCAUGUGGUUGAAGCCAACCGAGUCCAAGGUCGCUAGAUGUUGGGAAUGUGGUUCCGUGUACAAGUUGAAGUACUUGGGAACUGGCGAGCACCAUCAUUAA